AUGUCCGAAACCACAUUUGCCAAAUCAUUCCUCGCGACGCUCGACUCUCGCCCUAUCAAGCUCCGUGCAGACCAUGUCUUUGACCCAGAGCAGGUUGGCCUGCGUGUGCCGUACACUCUUCCCCGCCUCCAAGCCCCGCACCCUGAGAUGCCCAAGAAAGUAAAGAAGAGUCAAGCUCCAGGUUCCUCCAAGUCCAUCAAUGUCCGCGUCAAAUCUGCCCGCAACCCCGCGCUAGAGUUCACUAUUCCCAAUGCUCCAAUUUCCACCACCACAGUGCAAGAUCUCCGGGACGCCGUGCGCGCCCGUGUCGCUGAUGCGCAAGGGAACCCCGUUGCCCUGGAUAAGAUUAAGGUCCUAUAUCACCGCAAGCCGGUUAGUGGGACGGGAAAAACCGUUGCGGAGAUUCUGGUUGAUGUGCCGGAGAUGUUGGCGGGCGGUAAGGAGGUUGAGUUUGGUGUGAUGAUUAUUGGUGGUGCGAAAACGAUUGAUGUUGCGGAGUCUCAGCCUGGUGAAGAGACCAGGGAUGUUUCGCCGCCCAAGGCAGCGGUCGGACCGAGUGGUGCGGAAUUGUUGGAGACGGACGCUUUCUGGGAUGAUCUUCAGGGUUAUUUGCAGCAGCGAUUGAAGGAUGAGCAAGAGGCGCUGCGCUUAAGAGUUCUGUUUAGGGAAGCUUGCAAGGCAUCUCAGUAA